AUGGCGACGCUGAGAGGUCGACGUCCAUCCGGUCCGAUGGACCAGGAGUUGUACGAUUAUCAUCUUCACGCCCUCCAGUAUCGUCCUCGUCCUCGCCUCACUUUCACCGAUGAGCCUCCAAACGAAACAUCAGUUGGUGGUCGACGCCACGACAAUGACAAGGAAGACUACAGAGAAAUAAAAAUUCUACCGACCAUUGAUGAGAUCCUGGCAGUGGGCAGUCCUGUUUAUAUGCCAAAGAAAGACUUGCAAUGGGCGCACCCUCUUCCGAACGGGCCAGGUCGACAUCUCGAUUCACUUUUCCGUCAACUGCGCUGCGACAACAUUGAGAGCAUACGUGAUAUCUGCUACACUGCAGCACAGCUCACUUUCCUGAAUGCCAACCCUACCGGACAGUCUCAUCCUAUCGACCGUACCCAGACUCGCUAUGAAACGGUGGCAGGCAACAGAUUCUUUCUGUAUCGCGAUGUCAACGUUGAAGAGCUCCUUGCUCACGAGAGCAAGGCAAUGCUGGUUCGCACAAGCUAUCAUUGCCCAUCUUUCAUGAGAGGACACAAGCUCUACCACUCUAGUCGGUUCCAAGAAGGCAUGCUCGUCGCCAUACUUCAACUUAAUCACAUGACAAAUGAGUUGUCUGUCUUUUUUCUUGAAGUCAGCUUGUCUCAAUCCACGUUCUCCAUGGACAGUUCCAAUGGCGGCGGUCAACGUGCAGCUGUCCAGCUGGCUUUCUUGCCAACUGCCACACACCAGGAAGUCCUGCAACUUAGCAGUCAUGCGCUCGGCCUUUGUCCUGAGAGCCAAUUGGCCCUUGUCGAAUUCCCAAAAGUACUCUUCGCUGGGUUCUACAACUGUCUAAAGCGACUACAGGAAAUGAGAGAGACGGACUUCGCAUUUCAAACAUACAUCGCACCUGAGAUGCAGCAGGAAGAAGCAUUGCUCGCAAUGCAGCAGAACCUUCUGAAAGGACAACCACCUAUCGCCGACUGCCCUCCUCCGGCAUAUGCGCGAGUCGCUGAUUUCAAGUACGAUCUCAGCACUGUUUUCUCACCUACGAGCCGCGUCCAGUCCAUGUCGGUUGAGGAAUUGUCUAGACCGUCUUCAAUCGACAUUCUGCAGCGGGAAACAACACUUGACGAGGGUCAAGCGACUGCCUUCAGAGACAGUCUUCUCCGAGAGUUUGCUUUCACACAAGGGCCCCCAGGCUGCGGCAAAACGUUCCUUGGAGUCCAACUAGCUAAAGCCCUACUCCACUCACGACCUAUUCCAAAACCUAUCCUCCUGGUGUGCUUGACGAAUCAUGCUCUCGACAGCUUCCUUGAGGAUCUUCGUGAUGCUGGGGUGACGGGUCUGGUGCGCAUAGGGGGAGGCAGCAAAGAGGAGUGGACCAAUAGCAUCAAUCUCAAGACAUUGAAGCGGAAGACCAGGCUGAGCAAAGACGAUGCGUUCACCAUGAGUUCCUACAUUACGCGCAAGAAGGAGACGUUCGCAGACCUGGAUAUAAUGUGCAAAGCGGUUUCGUCAAAAAAUCACACUGGAAAUCUACCUUGGCAAUUCGUGGAAGACGUCCUCUUCGAAAAAUAUCCAGAGCACCACGCCCAGCUCUCGACCAAUGCCCCAUCCGUUCAUGCAAAGGCUUUCACAUUUGAAUACUGGUCGGGUGGUGGAGACUUGGAAAGUAUUCGUGAUCUACAUGUCGAACUGGCCACCAGACUAAACGAGCUAUCACUCGAACGGGCCAAGACCCCUUCUGAAGACGUCGACGACAUACUCAUGGAUAUAUCAUACUUCGCGAAGAAGCAGAGCCACGAGGCUGGUGAAAACAGUCUCUGGAGUUUAGCAUAUCCAGAACGCCAAAGCCUACUACGACAAUGGGACGGACAGGUGGACAGGGAGCUGUUCGCAGCCAAGCUUACUGCGCUGUACUUCGAGUUUCGGGACACUGCUCGUGCAAUGAAGGCGUUGAACAGCGAGCGUGAAAUCAGCAUCAUGGAAAGUCACAACAUCAUUGGCAUGACAACUACCGCCUGUGCCGCGAGAUGGGAGCAGCUGCUAUCCGUUGGCAUUGAGACAACAAUAUGCGAAGAAGCUGCAGAAGUCAUGGAAGCGCACACCCUAUGCUCACUACUUCCCACCGUCAAACACGCCAUUUUGAUCGGCGAUCCUUUGCAACUACGGCCCGAAACGAAUGAGCAGAUGCUUACCCUUGAGACACGAGUUGGUAUGGAGUACCGCUUGGAUGAGUCACUGCUCGAGCGACUGAUGCUCCCCAGAGAUCCAUCAGUCUCAGCAAUGCCAGUCAGUCACUUGAAUAUCCAGCGUCGCAUGCAUCCGGAAAUCGCCAACAUUACCCGAAUCACAUAUCCUUACUUAAAAGAUCAUGAGUCGACGCUGGAUCGUUCACCAACCCAUGGGCUUGUGCACAGAAUGUUCUGGUGGGACCAUCGGAUUCCCGAGGUGGGCGCCGAUGAUUUGAAGUCCCAUAUCAAUCUCUAUGAAGUCGAGAUGGUUGCUGGGCUUGUGAACUAUCUAUUGCGUGGAGGUGCGUAUGAUCAAGGGGACAUUGCAAUCUUGACACCAUACUGUGGUCAGCUCUCAAAGCUUCAUGAGCGCCUGUCGGCGACCUGUGAUAUCUGGCUUAGCGAGAAGGAUCGCGAAUUGCUCCUUGAUGAGUCAUUGGUGGCUUUGGGUGCAGAGGGAAGAGUCACCAAGGACGAAGUUCCGAUGUCUGAUAUGCUAAGGAUCACCACCGUCGACAAUUUUCAGGGUGAAGAAGCAAGAGUCAUCAUCCUCAGCAGUGUGAGAAGUGGUGGCACAGCAGGGUUUCUGAAGACCAUCAAUCGAAUCAAUGUAGCCUGCAGCAGAGCUCGAGACGGCUUCUACACCAUUGGCAACUCUCAAACCCUCUCCCAAGUUCCUAUGUGGAGACAAGUCAUGUUGGCUUUCAAUGGCAGGAUUGGGGCAUCGCUCCAGACUUGCUGCAGUGUUCACCACGAGCAUCAUCACGCUGUAGAGCAGCCGUCUGACUUUGAGAGCGUACCGGUAUGCUCAGCUAUUUGUGGCCAGACGUUGCCAUGUGGUCAUGAGUGUCCUGAGACAUGCCAUCCUCCUCAGCUGCAUUCGCGCAUCACCUGCCAAGAGAAGUGUACCAAAGUCUUCCCAUGUGGCCACUCAUGCUCCAGACUAUGCUAUCAGGACUGCGGAACUUGUCAACUCUCCAUUAAUGGCAUCACCCUCGCGUGCGGACAUCCAGGCCAGACUCUUUGCUCAGGAGAAACGUCAAAAUGCGAAGUCGUCGUGUCUCACAGACUGCUGGACUGCGGCCAUACCCUUGACGUUCUUUGUGGGGAGGAUCCCGAACGCAAGAUUUCCUGUGCAAAUGCGUGCCUGAAGACUCUGCCCUGUGGUCAUCAAUGCCCAGCCCUUUGCGGUGCCUGCAAGCUGAAAAAGAGCCACAAAGCAUGCUCGGUAAAGUGUGGUGAGCCAAAAGCUUGCGGUCAUCCCUGCAAAGAAUUCUGUCACCAAGGCAAACCUUGUUCACAAUUUUGUUCCGAGCCAUGUUCAGAGACUUGCGAACAUGGUCCUUGCAAGAAUCGUUGUUCCGAUAUCUGCGAUCCUUGCAUCAAGUUGGCGAAACCUGGAUGUGGUCAUCAGUGUUCGUCAGAUACAUUGUGCUGUCUACCUAACACAUGUCCACCUUGUUGUUUGCCUUGUCCUGAAGUCUUGAAGUGCGGUCAUGCUUGCCCUUCUCCCCAUGGCGAAGUCUGCCCUCCAUCGGAGCUAUGUCCAACUUGUGCUUCUGGCUGUCCACCAAAUAAAGCCAUGCUCUAUCUUCCCGACUGCGGCCAUUUGGAGGAUAUUGACAAGCUGGACUGGCUCAAUCUCAGAUCAGUCUAUGAGCUUGCGCCGGAUGGCUCCAUCCUAUCAAUCAACUCCACCAUCAUGCCAGCUGACCUCCAGGAACCAAAAUGUCAUUGUGGCAUACCUUGCGCUAAGACCCGUCGUUACAUGAAUGUUGCAAAACUUGUCGACUUUCAAAACACUCUUGAUCGACUGGUUGCAAAAAUGGGUCGCAAGAUGCACAAGUAUGCCACUGCGAUCGAUGUCGUCGAAAAUAAGCUGAACGAGACUUUUGAUCCACUUGUUAAAGACAUUCGACCAAAUCCUUUGGCUACAAAAACGAACACCAAUCUCAUCCUUCGUCGGUAUCGGGAGAUUCUCGAUGUGCAGAAGGACAUUGUCAAACACCGUCAUGAGACCAUCGACUGUAUCCAGUCUCAGAUUGCAAAGGCGCAUGAUGCGUUCCCCAACAUUGCCAGUUCUUAUGACUUGAUGUUCCACUCUCAUUUUGAUGCUUUGGAGUAUCGUCUUAUUGGAAUUCGCAUCCGAGACACAGUACGGAUGGCAAAUCAUCUCCUGGGUCUUCAAGACCCAUCCUUUGGUGUUCAGCGACAAGGCAUGAAGAUGCUGGAGUACGUGCACAAAGAAUCUUUGGCGUGUUUCGACUACUGUCAAGACGCUUUGAACAACGACCGCCUCAAGACCAGCCCUCUGAUCCACGCUGAAAUCCGAUUGCAUCAAGUUCAGUUCAGUCUCUUCGCAAAGGCCACCAAAAGCAACUUAUCAGCCCUCGGUGCUACAGCAAGGGGAGGAGUCUCAACGACUGAUGACACGACAAUCAAGAGCAAGUUGGACAAACUUGUGGAAAUAUGCGAGCACUAUCCGGACACUCACAAGCUUUUACUCGACACCACCACCGAGUUCAUGCAGACGAUCGAUCGUGCAGAUGCGAUGGAAGACACCUUAUGUAUCCCGAAGGUCAAGACUCGUGGCGUGCGCGAGAUUGAGAAGCUCUGGGCCCAACACGAAGUCGGCUCCUUGAAGGUGUGUGCGAAGUCGCAUGUGUAUUCGGCGAAGACCUUUCCCAAGGGUUGUCCGGAAUGUGGAAGGAAGGUAAUGACGGACCGCGAGAUCUAUCAAAAGACCUCGAAGCACCUGUUUGAAGAUCGAUUCCUCACGGCAAUGCGGACAAGAAUCGGCUCUGCUCAACCUAUACCUCCUGCUGAGCCCGAGAAGCAGUUGACCAAUGAGGAGAGAUUCCUGGAGGCUAUGAAAAAGAUUGGUAAGAAGUGA